GCCGAUAGAGGUAAGAGGCAGCGGGAGGAUUGGGGAGAGGAUUCGGUAGAAGCCCGAAAGAGGAGACGGCAAGAAGAGAUGGAGCAGCUGCGAUUGCUACAAGAGAGGGUGCGAUCGAUGGAGAUGAGCUAUCGUGAAUGCCCGGAGGACCUGUUCGAUGAUUUUGAAGGUUUCGAUCCUGAGUGGAAGCAGAGGUAUCUGGAUCUGCUGCUUGAGAGUUGGGACAAGUUGUCGCCAGAGCAGCAUGAAAAACACAAAGGCAUCGGCCCACGGUAUGUACUUGAAAUGGCGCUGCAACAAGUAGACAACAAGGCGCGGGAAUCAAAAGUGAGAAUGGUGUUGGAGAAGUACCCAGUGCUUCUUUUCGAAUCUUGGGAGUGUGUCCACAACAAGGUGAAGGGCGAGGAAUGGCUUGAUGAAAUCUAUAGAGCUUGCUGGUACAAGCUGACACCGGAGGAGCAGCAGCAGUACAAGGAAUUCCGUCCACAACAUGGCAUAGAGUUAACGGCGGCAAGUCGAGCAUUUGACAUGGAGUAUGAGGGCAGUGGAGUAGACUCGCUUUACGACGCCCUGAACAAGAUCAAGAAGGAGACUGAUUUUUCACGUAUCGUUGGUCUCUUCCAGUCCAGCGGCUGGGGUAAGUCGAGGGUGGUUCGAGAGUUACAUCGGAAACAGGUUUGGAUCAUUUACUUGUCGCUGGGUUCUGGCUCCUGUUAUCCUCAGCCUUCAUAUUUUAGAGAUGUUUUCCUCGGCCGUGCAAGGCAGGCACUGGGAAAUGGAGAUCACGCAGGCCAUCUCGCAUGCAUGACCUACUGUCUGGCUUAUUGGAUCGCAUGCAUUGAGGAGCUGGGUGGAGGACUAGCGAAAGAGGAGCCGUGGACGCUGCAGGUGUUUGCAAACAUGAUGACGGUAGAUGGUGGAAAGGACUUUUGGCCCGGAGUGGAGAAUCGGAUUAAAAAACUGAUAAGAAAACUUGACCAGGAACUUAAGCCUCGAGAGAAGAUAAAGGCCAGUACUCAGUUGGAACUAUGGACGACAUGGGAGACUAAAGCCACUGAUGUCUUCAAGAGGUAUAUUCGUGAGGUCCCUGCUUUGGAAAUUGGUACGGAGACAACAGGCCAACCGUUGAAGCUGCUGUUCGUCUUCGAUGAAGCCCGGUCGCUGUUACCUUCCAAAGAUGGACGGGAAGAAAACGUGUACAUCCCACUUCAAAGAUCUACACGAGUGUUAGGUGGAACAUGUUUAACUCUGUUCAUAGACACUACAUCCAGGGUCGCCAAUUUCUUAGAACCUGAGUGGUGCGAUCCUUCUGCACGGAGUCGGAAUCCGGUCCCUGGGUUUUUUCUUCCGUCUCCUUUGAUUGCCUUCUUCAAGGGAGAUAUCGGGGAAAACAGCACACUUCUGCCGGCUACGUCUACACAGGGGAAUUGUUUUGAGGAGGUGGUUAGUAACGAGUGGAUGCUCAAGUAUGGCCGACCGCUUUGGUGGUCUCUCUACCUGAGCAACCUUGCCAAGGAUCCUGAUGCAUGUGAAUCCUGCCAGGAUCUUCACCGAUGGCUUGAGAGUGCUACAGAUGCAGAUAAAGCAGAGGCGUUUCAAACGGUAUUUGGAAUUGCGCAUUAUAAGCUUACCUUGGUUACGACUAGAGAUAUCAACCGGUACAGCGAGCAUGCGCGCAUUGCCAUGUUGGGAGUCAGAUACGGGAUUUCCAUAGAUGCUUCGUCCAAACUCGUAGAGGAUUUGAUUGCGAGUCAUAUGCUGACUGGAUUGUACGUGACAAGUUGCCAAUCCCGGUUGUUUGCUGCAUGGGCAGCUGAGCCGCUUCUUUCUGAAGCUGCAUUGGUGUGUAUCCAACAGUUCAAGGAGACACCAGAUGGCUACAGGCUUCUGUUUAAGCCCUUCCAAACAUUGUUGUCUGGGGGCAUUGUAGACAAAGGUGAACAGGGGGAGCUACUUUUAAGGAUCAUACUCUUGGAGGCAGUAGACAAGGCACGGGAAAUGACUGGAGAAAAACGAUCUUGGUGUACAGUGGACGAGUUUUGCUCUCAACUGGUGAAAACGCCACUCGGCGAGCUUGCGCAGCAGAAGAAGAUGCCUCACCAGGAAAAGGUGCAAGCUGUCGCACAAGGCAAGAUAAGUAUCAACUGCUUCCGCAGGAUCUACAAAAACAAGACAGACUUGUCUGAUCUCGUUGAGGCCUUUAAAAGGCGUUGUGGGCUAGUAUGCUACCGUGGUGCGUGGGGUGUCGACAUCUUAGUGCCCAUUCAUUUGGGAGAUAUGAAGGACAGGCUGAACUUGAGCGCGCUCUUCAUUCAGGCAAAAGAUAUGAAGAGAUCGUCCGGGCUGAUUGCUCUUGCCAAAAACUCUCCACAGUUUUCAAGCCUCGGAUGUUUGGACGAGUCACCAUAUCUGAGUUUAUAUAUGAACCUCAAUUCUGGUUCUGGGAAUGUGAACAAAGUGGAUAUGGUGGCACCGGAGUGUGUUUGGAAAGCAGUUAGGAAAUGUAAGGAGGCUCAGAAGGCAGUGCAGCAGCUGGGGUCUAAGGUGCAUGAAAUUCGGAAGAAGCUAAAACGGGAGGGUGGAUACCCAAUGACAAGAGCGCGUAGGCGGGAUGGAGGGGCAGCUCAAGAAGAACAGUUUGAGAGAGAGUCGACAGCUGAACAAGAACAGUAUGAAGGGAAGAAUCCAACUCAACAAGAACAGUCUCAGAGCGAGUUGGAGUGGACAUCUGUUCUUGAAAAUCCAAUAAAUCCAGAAGAACAGCAUGAAGGGAAGAAUCUAGCUCAACAAGAACAGUCUGAGAGAGAGUUGGGCUCUGAGUGGACAACUGUUCUUAAAAAUCCGUUAAAUUCAGAAGAACAGCAUGAAGGGAAGAAUCCAGCUCAACAAGAACAGGGGGGGAAGGACGUAAUGAUUCAGCAUUGGAAAGAAUGGAUGACAGCAGACAUAAAAAAUCAGAUCAUAGUCAAAACCAGAGGGUUGGACUGCUUGUCAUUGGAUGCUGACUUGCUAAAGAUUUUAGAGGCUAUAAAGAACGUUCAGGUGUGGCCAGAAAAGAUCGUUAAGAUCAUUCCAGAAGAUGGCGCCAAGAGGCACCAGGCUAUUAAGCAGAUUUGGGAAGUGCAAGACCCAUUUCUGCAGGACAUGUUUGGGAUCUUGAACAUUAAUGACUUAACUCUAACGUGAAGUGCAAGACCCAU